CACACACACACACACACCACAGUCUGUUUACGGUCGUAUGGAGUGAUGCUUUUAAGGUAACAAGGUAACGGCUGUCUGUGUGGAAAUAGUGAUCACAGCUGGAAAUGCAGGAGUGUGGAGUCACCGUAGUUUCUUCUGCUCUGAGAUGCUUUUUCAUCUGGAAUACAGGAUGUGGUGACUUCUGAAAUGAUGGAGGACAAAGACAGAGUCUGUCCAGUGAUGGAGGAGAAUGAGGUGGACGUCCAAAUCAGACAUUCCAAAUCUCAGCUGCAAGCCUGCACCAACACACCCACAUGGUCAAAUGGUCAGUGCAUCCUGUCAGUGUCGAGCUGUUCAGCAUUAAACCCCAGAUUUAACUUGUCUCUGUGCCGUGCCAAACUGGAGAGUGAUGGCUUCCAGAUUCCAGAGACAGACCUGGAGGCUCCUCUGAAAACAGCUCUGGAGCUUCCUUCAGUCAGAAGAUACAUGGUUUUUAACUCCGCCUUCUUUCAGUUCAUCAUGGCACCGGUGCUGUACAUGGUGGUGUGGUGCAGCGUGUUCUCCACCCUCCACAUGUACAUCCCCGUCAGUGACGGGUGGGUCCUCUGUCUCUGUGUCAGCCUGGUCUCCAUCUUAUUCACCAGUGGCAUCAUCUUCGUCCUUCACUGCAAUAACAAGAAGAUCAACAUGAAUUUGGACGUUCGGUUAAUCCAGGUGAACGAGAGGUUGGUGAAACAUAAGGUGCUGGUGGCUGUGACUGACUGGGUGCAGAACUGCUCUGGAAACAUGCAGUUGCACUUUGUAUAUUGGGACAUCAGUCUCUGUCUGAGAGCGCUGACAGAAGCUUUAGAGGAGCACAGCUUUGUGGAGAAUGACAUCCAGAACAUUCUGAGGAAGAAAAUGUCCCAUCUCACACUCACAACUGAGGUCAAGGUCAGCGACCCUGAGGCUGGCGUCUCACAAGAACAGACGCCUCUGCUCGGUCAGGAGGUGACAGGCGGCAGUACCUCAUCCAGCCAGCAGGAGGCAGCCAAAGUCACCACCAGCUGCAGUCUCAUCCCUGAUGCAUCAUUACCUCCUCAUGCUAAAGCCUACCAGCUGCUGAUGACUUACAGUGCAGCCUACGUGAAGCUGCUGGUGUCCAACAGGUUGUCUGCUGUGUCCCUCCACCACCACCACCACAGACGCUCGCAGACGAGUCACUGCACUGUCGCUCCGCUCUGCCUCUGCCAGUACAUCAGAAACAAGAUCCUCAGAUAACAGAGGCCGGAACCCUGCGCUGCUCCUGGAACUUUGUUAUCCGGACUCAGACUGAGCAUGUGGGAGCAUUUCCUCUGCAGCAAACAGACAAUCACGGAGCUUCACGCUAUCAUUUUAUCUACUUUAAAAGAUCCAGUGUGUAAGAAUUAGUGACAUCUGAUAAUCGGACUCUAACUAUGGUGGCCCCUGAAAGAAAGGCCCCUGACUGAAGUAGGCUUGAUAUAAAAUGUACAUUUUUGGCCUACUAUACUAUACUAUACUAUACUAUACUAUACUAUACUAUAUCAUGCUGCCAGAACACAUGCUCCACCCAGAUCCUGUAAAGUUUUACACGACGUUUCCAUGGUUUCAGUCACAAACAAUAAAUCAGUGAAUGGCAUUUGAGCCGAAACUUAGAAAA